UGUACCCACCCCCACCUCCCCCUUUAACCUACACACAUGCACGGCUUCGCUAGCAGGCUAGCCGUCAACAUAUCCGAGUUUCUCGUCUUCCCCCAAACACAACUCCAAUGUUUAGCCGCCGCUCGCUCAUGUGCGACUCGCUCCUGCCGCUGUCAGCCGGCGUCAGCUGUGCUGUGCCCCGGGACGCGGCCAGCCACGAGCGGCCGCACUCAUGACGACCCCCGCCGCUCUCCCCCGUCACACGGACGCCGUUCGGUGAGCGCAGGACACACACCGGAUACCGACGAGGCAGAAUGAAUCUCUCAACACCUGCCUCCACGGUCCCCUUCAUCCUCUGACACCGCCUUCUUUUGCCCAUCUCUUCCUCCUCCUGUGCCACUCCUCAUCCACACCUUCAUCUUUGGCGCAGAGGGACCACGGCGCCCCUCCUACAUCAUGGCAGGGGAGAAAGGGCCAAUGAAGCGAAGCACCAUGGACAUCAAGCGCCUGGCGAGCCUAAUCCAGAGAGGCACAGUUCGCUUGCUGGUGAUAGACAGCAGGACGUUUUCUGAGUACAAUGCUUCGCACGUGCAGGGAGCAGUCAACGUUUGCUGCUCCAAGCUUAUGAAGAGACGGUUGCAGCAAGACAAGGUGUCUGUCACCGAGCUACUGCAGCCCAAUGGCAAAAUAAAGGUGGAGCUGGGCAGGAAGCAGGAAGUGGUGGUUUAUGACCAGAGUUCCAAAGAAGCUGGUCAUCUUUCCAAAGACGGCUUCGUGCACAUUCUCAUGGGGAAGUUGGAGGGCACCUUCCACAAAGUUUCCCUGCUUACUGGAGGCUUUGCCGCGUUCUCCUCCUGCUUCCCCGGCCUGUGUGAAGGGAAGCCGGCCACCGCUCUUCCUAUGAGCUUGUCCCAGCCCUGCUUGCCUGUGGCAAAUGUUGGGCCCACUCGCAUCCUGCCACACCUGUACCUGGGCUCACAGAAAGAUGUCCUCAAUAAGGAUCUGAUGGCGCAGAAUGGUAUAACAUAUGUGCUAAAUGCCAGCAACACCUGCCCCAAGCCAGACUUCAUCAGCGAGAGCCACUUCAUGCGCAUCCCAGUGAACGACAACUACUGUGAAAAAUUGCUUCCUUGGCUGGACAAGACAAAUGAAUUCAUUGACAAAGCUAAGGUGUCAAACUGCAGAGUCAUUGUGCACUGCUUGGCUGGAAUCUCGCGUUCAGCGACCAUCGCCAUUGCGUACAUCAUGAAGACAAUGGGCCUGUCAUCAGAUGACGCCUACAGGUUUGUAAAGGACCGAAGACCAUCUAUAUCCCCCAACUUUAACUUCCUGGGUCAGCUGCUGGAGUUCGAGAAAGGCUUACGACUACUCCAGGCGUUAACUUCAAGCUCUGAUGACAAGAUCCUUGAAGUCCACUCAAAGCAAAAUUCUGAUCUCAACGGUGUCAACACGUGUUUCGAGAUGAAUGGUCACCACAGUAACUAUGACUCAUCUGUGGUAGAGCCACAAAACCCACCAGAGCCCAAGGUACCGUCACCCACUUCCCUCCAACAAGGUUUCAACGGCUUGCACCUCUCUGCGGAGAGGAUCAUGGACACGAAUCGUCUGAAACGCUCCUUCUCCCUGGACAUUAAAUCUGUGUACUCCCCAACCAGUCCACACUCUGUUGCAAUGGCACCGACACACUCUGAAGACGUCCCCAAGCUGUGCAAACUGGACAGCCCCGAAACGGGCAGCGCCAACGGUGUCUGCUCUCAGUCUCCCGUCCUGGACAGUCCCUGCUUCUCAGACUCCCCCUUCCCAUCACCAAGCAGCGUGGGAAGCGUCGGAGGUUUGGGGCAAGGAGCAAGCGAGGGGGUCCGUCGACCUGGUUCUUCGGCAUCCAGACCCAGAAGAAAAGCCAAGCAUGGCUCAGGCAGUUCACCAAUCCAUUUCCAACAACGUCCGCCACAGUCCCUCAGCCUGCCUCUCGACCAUAAAGAUGAGAACUUGAAGAGUUCCCUGCUUCUGGCGCUGCCCUCUCUGCCCUCCAUUGGCUCUGGGACCAUGUGGACCAAACAUAGAGACACUGUCCAGGCUACCACGCCUGUUACUCCCGUGACCCCCACCACUGAUGCCCCCUGGCACUUCGGGGCAGAGGAGGGGGGUGAUAUGGAGCUGGGGGGCGGAGGCGACGCCGGAGGAACGGAGUCGUCCGUGAGAUUCGGUAGCAGCUCGGCGUACCUGGCGUUCGGAUGCAGCGAAGGGGUGCGGUUACGAGACAAACCGCCGAAGGAGAAACCCCCGACGCCGCAACGGGAAACGCGAGACUUCACGUCAUCCGGCACCGCAAACGGCGGCAGCUCGGCCACGGAGAAGCAGUUUAAGCGCCGCAGCUGCCAGAUGGAAUUCGAGGAGGGCAUCUCGGAGACGCGCUCCCGGGAAGAACUGGGGAAGAUUGGGAAACAGUCGAGUUUCUCUGGGAGCCUGGAGAUCAUUGAGGUAUCCUGACAGAUAAUGGACAUUAACAAAGCCGGAGGCAGAACGAGACCUCUUUAGAAGCACAGACUGUUUAAGACUCCAACUGAGAGACGGACAAAGAUUCGAACAGAGACAACGUGCUGUUUACCUGACCACAACCUUCUGAACUCUCUCACGGCAGCGAAGGGUGGACUGCAGGUACUGACCCUCUGCGGUCAAAGGGCCCAGAGCCCGUGUUGUGUUGCAUCCUUAUCAUGUAGAAUAACUUAACACGGAGCACAGACACGAACCGCCAGCCUCUGGUCAAGUGUAGAGUAGUUCCGAUGUUUAUACGACUCGCGAUCCGAGCGUGCCGCGUUACCCCGAAGCGUCCACCGGUUCGGUGUCCCCACAGCCUCAAGACCUCCUACGUUCUCGUCCAGUUCGGUCCGAUUGCGACAUCAUCCGCCUGAGCGGAGGCUUCGGAGCGCACGUCCCUGCGGCACAAGGCGAACGGACGGCACUCCGAUCAAAACAAAGACGAGGCCUCAGCUCACCCCCGCUCCCACCGGUGACCCUACAGCACAGUGACACCGGCUCCCUGGUUUCCAGCGUUAGCGGCAUCAUCGGACUAAGGUUUCAGGUCGCAGGCCCUCCCUGCCACUGCUCCUGAGCAUGCGCCACAAAAGGCUGGCAGCAGAAAGACUAAUAACUAUAUAUACACAAUAUGAAUAUACUGUAUAUGUAUAGCAACUCAAAAGGACUUUUAUGUUCACUUUUAAUUUAUUGGUCAUUCUGGUAAUGAGAUAUAAUAUAAGGUUUUGUGGAUUUAUUUCUUUUCUUUUGUUGAAUGAUUAUUAUUAUUAUUUGCUGUAUGGUAUUUAUGAACACUCAUCCAAAUACAUACAUUCAUCGGAUUCAAGCAAGCAAUAUGUGCUGUUCCUUCUUUGGGGAGACUUGGAGAAAUGCACCUUUCUGCUUUCCGGUCACCAAGUUCUAUUGUGGGACGGUGCAGACGACGCCAGUGAAAUCUGCGAUUAUGGCUUUAACACGUGAGCGUUUUGUGCACGACAUAGGGAGGGGCGUGCAUGACAACAACUUUAUGCAAACAUACGCACACUUUUUUGGAUCGACGAGUCACACACACACACACACACACACACACACACACCCUACACUGUAUGCACUUAUUUCUACACGGGCAAAGCCUCGGCCCACACGCCCACACACAUCUUUUUCUGUCCUCAGGGGAUCUUUCGGUGAGCCAAGCCCAGCACAUCAGCACAACACAUGGAAUUCUCUGACAUUUAUCGCUCUUAUUUCGCCCUCAUACUUUGAUUAAAAACAACAGUUUAAAAAAAAAAAAUGAAAAUGUUGCUCUCCUGGUGCGAGAUGCUUAUUUAUUCUUCGUGUACAACAUGUUGUCCUUUGACCCAUGACUAGCAUUUGACCUUGUGCUGCUACAACUUCUGAUAGAUUCCUUUUGUUUGCCCAAGGCUCAAUCAAGCUCCUGAGUCCCUCCUCCAUGUUGUUUUUAAAAUUGUUGUUAGGAUUAUUUAUAUGUAACAAAUACGAUGCAGGCUGUCCCAUUUGCUAAAUCUGUUAUUGAAUUUCUAUAUUAUUAUUAUUAUUAUUAUUAUUAAGUGGUUGUAAAUAGCAACAACACAUGGAAGAACACGGAGUUUUUAAGUGAAAAAUCCUGAUACCUAGGCUGCUUGAUGCUAAAAAUACCUCAGGUUCCAUUGAAAGGCUUUUCCUUCCCCUGUACAUGUUUUGUGAAAAUGAGACAAAAUACAGACAUGACAAAAUACAAA